AGACGGCCCUAGAGUCUAUUUUGGCCUGAAUGAGCCCGGAAGCCCAUCACUAAUUCGAAACUGGCCACGAGCCCCAGCAGUGAUUGCAGGGAGAUGAAAGUGGCAGGGCUGUUGCCUCACUGGGCCCCUUUGGGUGACUGACUAACCCCGCAACAAGGUGCCUUUGUGCUGAGUUAAAGGCACCCUUUUUUGGAAGUGGUUUGUGUCAGCAUCUGGGAUCUGAAUAAAAGACGAGGGAUUUCCAGAGAGUGGAACACAAGCUGUCUCGAAGGGCAGAGGCAAAACCCACACGACUCCAAGGAGAGGACCCUGAACGCAUCCCUGUGCCGAGAUGUUGUGCCGAUUGCAUCUUGCAGCCCCUCGGAGCCCCCUGCAAAGCCGGGCUUUGUGGCCGAGGACCCAAUCGCUCUUUGAGGAACUGGAGCAGGAGAUGGAUUCCAUGUGGGAACUCCUGAGCGGCAACUGGCACCCCAUGGGCCACAGCACGGCCAGCCGCGAGAUGGCCCACAGGCCAGAGGUGGCAAGCCCCGGUGGCACAUUCGCGGUGACGCAAGACAUGGCCGGAUUUGACCCCCGGGAGCUGGUGGUGAAGUUGGAGGGCGAGAAGGUGGUGCUCACAGGGAAGAAGGCCACGCAGACCCCCGGGGGACCCUUCCGCUAUGAGCUUUUCCGGAGGGAAUGGGACGUCCCAGGGAGUGUAGACCGCGAGCGCCUGAGCUGCUCCAUCUCUGGUGAAGGCCAGCUGCGCAUCGAGGCGCCACCGUCGGAACCUGCUGCGAGGACGGUGCCCAUCGAGGUCAACUUACCAGGACCUGCCGCAGAAGCCCCACAGGAACCCACAUCUACAGAAAACAGCCGGACCAAAGGUUGAGAGAGACUGAACCGAAGAGACUGAAUUUGCUUUUAUCUGCAAAUAAAUAUUUUUAAAUACA